AUGGCUCAAAUAAUGGUUAAAGUUUUGGUACCAAUCCUGCUGGUUCUAGUGGCACGUGUAGUGGCUACUCCUCCUGGAAUAGCCAAAAAUCCUAGUCAAGCAAGUUGCCAAAUAAAGAAGUACAAACAUUGCUAUAAUUUGGUGCAUGUAUGCCCCAAGUUUUGCCCUGAUGAAUGUACAGUGGAAUGUGUAUCUUGUAAACCUAUUUGUGUUGGAGGUGGAAACCCAACACCAGAUUUCCCUCCAACCCCUUCUACACCUGAGAAUCCAACACCAGAAUUUCCUCCUAUACCUUCUACACCUGAGAAUCCCCCACCUACUCCUUCUACACCUGAUCAGAAUCCACCACCUUCUCCUUCUGAGAAUUCUCCUCCUCCUCAUUCUACUCCUUCACCAUCACCUCCUCCUCCUUCUACUCCUUCACCAUCACCAUCUCCUAUCCCUUCUACACCUGAACAAAAUUCACCUCCUCCUCCUUCAAUUCCUUCACCAUCACCUCCUAUCCCUUCUACACCUGAGAAUCCACCUCCUCCUCCUUCAAUUCCUUCGCCAUCACCUUCAAUCCCUUCUACACCUGAGAAUCCACCUCCAUCUCCUUCUACUCCUUCACCAUCACUACCUACCCCUUCAACACCAGAGAACUCACCACCUACUCCUUCACCAUCUGAGAAUCCACCACCAACACCUUCUACUCCUCCGUCAUCACCUACACCUGCAAAUCCGCCAUCUUCUCCCUCACCAUCAACACCUUCUGGCAGCACAGGUCAAUCUUCCUCACCAAAGACAGCUAAAUGCAGGAACAAGAACUACCCAAAGUGUUACAAUACAAAACAUGUUUGUCCCAACGCCUGCCCUGGUGGGUGUGAGGUUGAUUGCCACACUUGCAAACCAGUUUGCAGUUGUGACAGACCAGGAGCUGUUUGCCAAGACCCUCGUUUCAUUGGUGGUGAUGGAAUCACUUUUUAUUUCCAUGGCAAGAAAGAGAGCAACUUUUGCCUUGUAUCUGACCCCAACCUUCACAUAAAUGCCCACUUCAUUGGUAGAAGAAACGAGAACAUGAAGAGGGACUUCACAUGGGUCCAAUCCAUUGCUAUUCUAUUUGACAAUCACCAAGUCUUCGUUGGGGCAGAAAAAACAGCCAUAUGGGAAGAAUCCAUAGACCGUCUUGCCCUCACCUUUGACGGUGAAUCCAUUACUCUCGAUGAAUCAGAAGGUGCCACGUGGAAAUCCUCCAAUGUCCCUGGUGUCUCCAUUGUUAGGGCUACUACCACAAACAGUGUCAUUGUUGAAGUUGAAGGGAGAUUAAGGAUAACAGCUAAUGUUGUCCCCAUAACUGAAGAAGACUCAAGGAUUCACAAAUAUGGCAUUACCAAUGAGGAUUGUUUUGCUCACCUUGAUUUGGGGUUCAAGUUCUUCUCUUUGAGCAAUGAAGUGAGUGGUGUGUUGGGUCAAACAUAUAAACCUAACUAUGUGAGCGGAGUGAAUAUUGGAGCAAAAAUGCCUAUAAUGGGAGGUGGAAAAGAGUUUGAAACUACAAGCUUGUUCAACCCAGAUUGUUCUGUUGCUCGAUUUGUUGGUAACAAUGGAUCUAACAAUGAAGUUGCGAUGGAUGAGGGUUUGGAUCUUCCAAGCUUGAGCUGCGCAAGUGGAAUCGAUGGACAAGGAGUUGUCUGCAGGAGAUAG